CUGACUGUUUCUUAGUUCAGGGAGUUUGUUUUAAUUGUUUUAAGCUGAGAGGUUGACUGUUGACAGUUAUCCUUCUGACUUUACAGCUCUUCCCUCAUUCACUUGGACCUUCUGUGUUUUCAUCACUUGGAUUCUACUCAAACUUCUUAGAUUUUCCUGCCUUAUUUUUUUCAUCUCCUCUGAGCAUAACAUCCUCUCCCUUUCCCCCUUCACCCUCUCUUGUCCUCCCAUCUCCCCACCGUUCCCUCUGUCCUGGUGGUUUUCGGGCUAUGCACCAUGCUCUCUUCUCCUACAAUGAUUCUUCAGCCUUACGGACUGCCCGUCUAUCCCCAGGGUGCCCAAUGUUACCCCAGCCUAGUACAGGGAGGCCCUGGGCAGGAGGCCUGCCCCGGCAGUGGUGACCCCACCCUCCCACAGGUCUAUGCCCAGCCUCCCUCAUACCCUCCACCAGGACAAGCUCCUCCCACACCUGCAGGCAGACUUCCUCCUCUAGACUAUAGUUCCGCCCACCCCAACUCAGAGUACCAGGAGCAUCACCAGCUCAGAGUCUAUCAGGGCCCGCAACACGAAGGGGCUGACACUCUGGCAGCCAUUAGCACGGACAAUGCCCUGGUUCCGGUGACCUCUGACUCCCAAGCUCUGAGCGUGUCAGUGUCAUCAGGGGGUGGAGCAGGAAGUGGUAGCGAUGAGGAGGGGUCAGGCAAGGCCCAGCCCAAGCGUCUCCACGUUUCCAACAUCCCCUUCCGCUUCAGAGACCCGGACCUCAGACAGAUGUUUGGGCAAUUUGGCAAGAUCCUGGAUGUGGAGAUUAUCUUUAAUGAGAGAGGGUCAAAGGGUUUUGGGUUCGUGACCUUUGAGAGCGCAAUGGAGGCAGACCGAGCGAGGGAAAAACUGAACGGAACGAUUGUUGAGGGGAGGAAGGUUGAAGUGAACAAUGCUACAGCCAGAAUAGUCACCAAGAAGCCCCAAACACCUCUUGUGAAUGGUGAGGUUUCAACCCCCGGAUGGAAGAUCAACCCUGUCAUGGGAGCGAUGUAUGCACCUGAACUCUACACCGUUGCCAGUUUCCCCUACCCAGUAGCUGCUCCCACCCUGGCCUAUCGGGGCUCACCACUGCGUGGGCGGGGCCGGGCUGUCUACAACACAAUUCGCUCAGCUGCUGCAGCCCCACCCACUGCCAUGCCCGCCUACCCUGGUGUGCUGUACCAAGAUGGAUUAUAUGGAGCUGAAGUCUAUGGCGGGUAUCCUGCAGCGUACAGAGUUGCCCAAUCACCAUCCUCUGCCACAGCAACAUACAGUGAUGGAUAUGGCAGAGUUUAUGCUGCUGCAACGGAUCCCUACCACCAUUCAGUGGGACCCACUGCAACAUACGGCGUCGGAACAAUGGCCAGUCUGUACAGAGGAGGAUACAACCGCUUCACCCCUUAUUGAGCUGCCCAAUGGGAGCCUGGAAGCCGUUCUGUGACAGGUUAUGACAUCACUGAGCUCUGUGUCACCUCCUGUCUGACUCCCUCCACUUGCAGACUGUCAAAUCCAACCGACUGAACGUGUAAAUACUGUAGUAGUUAUUCACUAUUUAUUCUAUCAGAGAAUACAUAUAGGAUAAAGAGCCUGAUCUAAUGUAUAGACAGUUAUUUAAAAUCUUUAUUUUACACUUAAUCUUUAUUGUUUGUGCCACAGAUUUGUUCCAGGGUUUAAGAAUGUAAAGAUUUCUGCCUCCGUACCUGGGUUAUAAGCAACUCUUUCACUAUUCUAACAGAGAGAGUUGAAUGUGAGCCAUUUUAUUUUUCAUUGGCUGGACUUCAUGGUGAAAUACUGCAACUCAAGUGGCACAACAAUACUGGUUUCUCUACAUGUUGACCUUUGUAAAAAACAUUUUGAUCAACGUCUGAGCUUUUAACUUUUCAAGAGUCAAAUUGUAGAGUACAAUGACAUUUUAUACAGUUAAAUUACUUAUUUUUGAUGACACUGGUUUUGUCAAUGAUGAAGAGCAAGUGUGUGUGUGUGUGUGUGUGUGUGUGUGUGUGUGUGUGUGUGUGUGUGUGUGUGUGUGUGUGUGUGUGUGUGUGCUUGUGUGUGGGAGUAUGUGAUGACAUCAAUACUCAAAGCACAAGCUAUGAGAGACAGCAAUGGCACUGGUAUUGUAAAUGUGCAAAGUAAUCUUUUUUGAAAUGCUUCUAGAACCCUAAAACUAUAAUUUGCAUAAAAUGUAUGUAUGUUUUUGCUUUCCUAACAAUCUACCUCUGAUUCUAAAAAUGUUUCACUUGUCAAAAAAGCAUUCAGGAGCCAUUACUUCUCUCAACUAAUUAACUGUAACAAAACAUGUUUUCUUAUUUUCAUUGUUGAGCUUCUAUCCAUCUGCUCUCUGCUUUACAUAAUGCUCAAUGCUAAAUACUAGCUAUUGGACAAACUUCCCCAACACACUUUAUCCUUUUUCUAUGGCAGCCUCAUUCUGGGUUUUACUUCGCUCUGCCUGACGAGCCUGGAACCUCUUUCCCUUAUUUCCUCUGUCCUGUUAAACUCUAGGACGUUGUCUGGUUUCCUCUUCCUGUUCUCUCGCCUGCUUCUCUCCAUUCUGUUUGAGAAUCUGUGUUCCAUCCAUAGAAAUAAUCGGAUGAGUUCUAGUUGUAUGGGUCAUCUCUCCUUCUCCAUCCUGUACUCUAGCUUCACUGUUGUUUAUUUGCUGUUGACCUCUCAAUAAAACAUUGUUUCUGUUUCCCUUUCCUCUCCUCUUUGAUUCACGUCAUUUUCCUUUCUCUUUUUCAAUGCCUCUUUUUGCAGUCCUUCACUCUUCUGCUCAAACUUAUAUUCUCAGUGUUCCUUUUCUCAACAUAACUGUACGUUUUGAGGCUGACUGAUACCAGUGCAAGAAGGUUAUGAGUCUUUUACAGAAAUGACUGUCUGCGUAUGUUUAUGCAACUGUUUCUGGUUCAGUACCUUUGUACUGUAUGGACUGAAUCUUAACUUAAAAUCAGCGCAUAUAACUUCAUAUUUGAGUUUAGUAUCUCAAAUGUUGUAUGUGUGGUUCUAGGGGGGCAACAGUAUUUUACCUAGACACCCAGCCCUGUGCCUGCCUUGCUGUAGUGUGUGGUCUUACUGCGUGUGUUUCAACCUAUGGGCUAAACCUCUUCUUUAUGCAAAGUUCAGCUUUAGUUUUUGUAUACCAAUUUCCCCUCUUUCUUUACUGCUUUGUUUUCCUAUCUUCUUUGAAGUGGAAAAAGACUUCUCUUUCCAAGCUUUACUGUUGUUGUUCUAUUUUUUCUCACUAUUUCUAAGAGGAGCUUAACCCUAACCUUAACCCUAAGAGAUACAAUUGAGGGUUGGAUAACCAUGCAUACAAUGUCAAUUUGAAAUAGAAACUAAAGUCACACUUUAUCAUGGUAUUAUUCACUUUCAACAACGGUUUGACUGUGAUGCCUUCAUCAGGGUAUUAUUCACUUUCAACAACGGUUUGACUGUGAUGCCUUCAUCAGGGUAUUAUUCAAUUUCAACAACGGUUUGACUGUGAUGCCUUCAUCAGGGUAUUAUUCACUUUCAACAACGGUUUGACUGUGAUGCCUUCAUCAGGGUAUUAUUCACUUUCAACAACGGUUUGACUGUGAUGCCUUCAUCAGGGUAUUAUUCACUUUCAACAACGGUUUGACUGUGAUGCCUUCAUCAGGGUAUUAUUCACUUUCAACAACGGUUUGACUGUGAUGCCUUCAUCAGGGUAUUAUUCACUUUCAACAACGGUUUGACUGUGAUGCAUUCAUCAGGGUAUUAUUCACUUUCAACAACGGUUUGACUGUGAUGCCUUCAUCAGGGUAUUAUUCACUUUCAACAACGGUUUGACUGUGAUGCCUUCAUCAGGGUAUUAUUCACUUUCAACAACGGUUUGACUGUGAUGCAUUCAUCAGGGUAUUAUUCACUUUCAACAACGGUUUGACUGUGAUGCCUUCAUCAGGGUAUUAUUCACUUUCAACAACGGUUUGACUGUGAUGCCUUCAUCAGGGUAUUAUUCACUUUCAACAACGGUUUGACUGUGAUGCCUUCAUCAGGGUAUUAUUCACUUUCAACAACGGUUUGACUGUGAUGCCUUCAUCAGGGUAUUAUUCACUUUCAACAACGGUUUGACUGUGAUGCAUUCAUCCGGGUAUUAUUCACUUUCAACAACGGUUUGACUGUGAUGCCUUCAUCAGGGUAUUAUUCACUUUCAACAACGGUUUGACUGUGAUGCCUUCAUCAGGGUAUUAUUCACUUUCAACAACGGUUUGACUGUGAUGCCUUCAUCAGGGUAUUUUGACAUCUAGUAAAAAUGUGAAAAAUAUGCCUUUUUACUUCUACUCUGUUGUCCUCUAUCUCUUGUUCUUUCUCUCUCACUCUCUCUCUCUCUUUCAAACUCCUCUGCUUUCAAGUCUGUCAUUUUUCUAUUUUCUUUAUGCAUGGCUUUCAGAUGUAUAAUUUCCCUUUCUUUCAAUCUAAUGGCAAUUUUACAUUUAUUUAGCUACAUUUCUUCUCGUGUUUCUUCACACUUGAUCCGUUUCACCUUUUCUGUAUUAAUCUUAUGGCUUUCUUUCUUCAACCUUUGUCUUCUUCUUUACUGACACAUUUGUCUUCAUUUUCUAAACUUUAUUUUUCUACUUUAAUGCUUUCAAAUAAUUUCCUCACCAUCUUGACUCUGUAUCUUAUCAUGUAUUUCUCUAAUAUUGCACAUUUUCUAGUUUCUUUCACUGUAAUGUUACCUUCCUCGCCUCUUACUUCUGCUGUCCUCUUCUCUGUUUUCCCAACAGCAUUUCUUUAUUUUCCCCUAAAUUGUCCUUUUUCUAGGUUAAUUUUUCCUCUUGCUGUCUUCUAUUUACACAAUAUUGCUUUUUCUUUUCCCAACUUCUGUUUCUGAAUUUUAUUCCACUUUUCCUCUGCUACUGAUAUUCUGCCAUUCUUUCCUCUUUGUUUCAGAUUGACUCUUUCUUUCUAAACUCUCCUUUUGCUUUUUACACACUGUUCUCUUAGCUGUCUUGUAGUCAUCUAGCUGUGCCACUUCUACAUUUCUUGUCUUUGAUCAUUUCUAUAAUUCUGCUUCGCUCUACACUUUGGUAUAUACGUUCUCUAUUAACAUGAACUAUUUCCUAAUACUAACAUUACGACCUCCUGAUUCUUUUACCUGACUUGUGAGUUCUAUUUUUCUGUUUGCUUUAAGCCAUUUCCAAAUUCUUCUUUUUCUGUUUUCUGUCUUUUAUUUUGCUUUCCUAUUUUAAAGUUUUCUAAAUGUUCUGUCCAUCGUCUUGUUUCUCAGCUAUCAUUGCUUUCCUUCACUCUACUGUGCUGUCUAUUUCUUCUAUUUUUUGUUUCUCUAUUACCUCUUCUUUCCCUCUGCUCCUCUGUCCCUCUUCAUGUCAUCCUCUUUCCCUCUGCUCCUCUUCAGGUCCUACUCUUUCCCUCUGCUCCUCUGACCCUCUUCAGGUCCUCCUCUUUCCCUCUGCUCCUCUGACCCUCUUCAUGUCAUCCUCUUUCCCUCUGCUCCUCUUCAGGUCCUACUCUUUCCCUCUGCUCCUCUGACCCUCUUCAGGUCCUCCUCUUUCCCUCUGCUCCUCUGACCCUCUUCAGGUCAUCCUCUUUCCCUCUGCUCCUCUUCAGGUCAUCCUCUUUCCCUCUGCUCCUCUGACCGUCUUCAGGUCCUCCUCUUUCCCUCUGCUCCUCUGACCCUCUUCAGGUCAUCCUCUUUCCCUCUGCUCCUCUUCAGGUCAUCCUCUUUCCCUCUGCUCCUCUGACCCUCUUCAGGUCAUCCUCUGCUCUGCUCUUUCCCUCUGCUCCUCUUCAGGUCAUCCCCUUUCCCUCUGCUCCUCUCUAACCCUCUUUAGGUCCUCCUCUUUCCCCCUGCUCCUUUCUGUCCCUCUUUAGAUCCUCCUCUUUCCCUCUGCUCCUCUUUAGGUCCUCUUUCCCCCUGCUCCUUUCUGUCCCUCUUUAGAUCCUCCUCUUUCCCCCUGCUCCUUUCUGUCCCUCUUUAGAUCCUCCUCUUUCCCCCUGCUCCUUUCUGUCCCUCUUUAGAUCCUCCUCUUUCCCCCUGCUCCUUUCUGUCCCUCUUUAGAUCCUCCUCUUUCCCUCUGCUCCUCCUCUGCAUCCCUUUUUUAGGUCCUUCUCUUUCCCUCUGCUCCUCCUCUAGUCCUCUCUUCUCAUCCCCCUCUUUAGGUCCUCUUUUCCUCUACUCCACUCUGUCCCUUUUAGGUCCUCUUUCAGCUUUGUGUUUAGUUCUUUAUCUGUUAUGCUGUUUUUCUUCUCCAUUUACCUGUUCUGAAUGCUUUCCUGUCUUCUUAGCUCCUGUGAAACUGCUAUCAUCUUUCAGUAGUUUAUAGUAGUUAGCUAUUCCUUGGCUUGUAGCUUUAGUGCUUGUUGCUUCUUCACCCUAUAGCUAUCAGCCUACUCAAUUUCCUCUUCCUUAUUUUGCAUGCCUUUUCCAACUGCGAGCGAUUUUAUUUAUUUUUACUUCGGCCAUUCUUUUGACAUUUAAUAUUGUUCCUUGAAUUUAAGUUCAGUGCCAAUCCCUAGAAACAGUGCAAUGUUAAUCAGUGACACGAAAGCCAGAAUUUCAGGAUUUUGAUGUCAAUCAACUCACUGAACUGUCCCUGUAAUAUGAUUGUCCAUUGCUGUCUCUGUUCGGAUUUAAAAAAAAUAAAUGCCUUUAACAAUGUUCA